GGUGUAAACACGCACCGUACUCUUGACCCAGUUGGCGAUAAGCGCUUGUCUGUAACGUUUAUAUACGACUCGUAAACACUGGCACAGGUCACAUGACAGCUGACAUGAUCACAUGACAGUCAAUAACCUUGUGAUUAAAUCAUGAAACUUUGCUAGAUUUCAGGCUUGAUGUCUGGGGUCUCUGUGAGAAUGGCUGCUAAUGGGCUUUUCCUGGGAUUCAUGUUGCUGAUCUUCGGUGGAAAAACCGAGACACGUUUAUCUGUGAAGGAAAAGCUUAAUAAUGAAGCCAUCCCAUCUCACAGAGACCUUGCUCCUGAUUUCAAGGAAAAGUAUUUUAAACAAAUUUUAGACCACUUCAAUUACAACAGCCUUGGCAAUGGCACAUAUGAUCAGCGCUACCUUAUUACAGAUCAGUACUGGAAGAAAGGCAAUGGACCUAUUUUCUUCUACACUGGGAAUGAAGGGGACAUAUGGGAGUUUGCACAGAAUUCAGGGUUCAUCACAGAGCUGGCAGCAGUGCAGGGAGCCUUGGUGAUAUUUGCUGAGCAUAGGUACUAUGGAAAAUCUCUUCCAUUUGGGAAAGAUUCAUUUAAUAUCCCUGCGGUGGGGCUGUUGACGGUGGAGCAGGCCCUGGCUGACUAUGCAGUCAUGAUCACAGAGCUGAAGAAGGAACUGGGAGCUCAGAAAUGUCCAGUCAUCGUCUUUGGUGGAAGCUAUGGAGGAAUGUUAAGCGUUUACAUGAGGAUAAGGUACCCGAAUAUUGUGACUGGGGCGUUAGCUGCUAGUGCUCCUAUUCUGUCCACCGCAGGCCUUGGAGACUCUAGACAGUUUUUCCAGGAUGUUACUGCUGAUUUUGAGAAGUUUAAGCCUGCCUGCAGAGAUGCAGUGCAAGGAGCUUUCCAGAAGCUCAACACAUUGGCACAACAGAAAGACUACAGACGCAUCCAGUCUGCCUUCUCCCUGUGUAAAACUCCCUCCACCCCAGAGGACAUUCAUCAGCUGAACGGAUUCUUACGUAACGCAUUCACCAUGAUGGCCAUGUUGGAUUAUCCCUACAGCACUCAUUUCAUGGGCAGCAUGCCAGCCUUCCCAGUGAAGGUGGCAUGUGAAACCAUGCUGAAUGGCACUGAUCUCAUGUCGGCACUCCGAGAUACUGUUGGUAUUGUGUAUAAUUCCACUGGCCAGCUCACAUGUUAUGACCUCUACAGUCUCUAUGUGGAGUGUGCAGAUCCCACUGGCUGUGGCCUUGGCUUUAACAGCUAUGCAUGGGAUUACCAGGCCUGCACUGAGAUCGAGAUGUGCUUUGAGAGUAACAACGUUACAGAUAUGUUCCCGCCUAUGACAUUCACCGAGCAGCAGAGAGAACAGUAUUGCUCGAAGAGAUGGGGUGUGAUGCCACGUCAAGGGUGGCUGAAGACCCAGUUCUGGGGCGACGAUCUCUCCACCGCAAGCAAUAUCAUAUUUUCCAAUGGUGAUCUUGAUCCUUGGGCUAAUGGAGGGAUCAGGAAGUCACUCAGUCCAUCACUGAUUGCAAUCAACAUACCAGAGGGAGCUCAUCAUCUGGAUUUGAGGGAGUCCAACCCUAACGAUCCGGAGUCUGUGCUUGUGGCUCGGAAGGAGGAGUCUGAAAUCAUUGCUCAGUGGGUGAAGGCAGCAAUGAAGGAGUCAGCAUGAUUCAUUUUUCUGUACAAUUUUUUAUUUGCAUUGUAAAAUAUUGAUUAAAACCAUUUAUUUUCCACAGAAAUGGACAUUAAAAAGCUACAUUUAAGAAAUAUGAACGUCAAUAAAAAAGAAAGGGAAAAGAAA